GGGAGAGAGAGAGAGGAGGGGAGAGAGAGAGGGGACCGCGUGUGGGUUGAGAGUUUGUGAGCUCGCCCGCCACUCGGUGAGCAUCAAGCACGCGCAGAGGGUGGCGGUGUGCAAGUCGGGGAGCGAGGGGCUGGGUGCGUGGUGUGGUGGUGGCGGUGGUGGAGUUGUUACAGGCGACCAGGGGGGCUUGCGACGCGCAACGCUGGAGUGGAUCUGAUGGCCGCUCUCAAAGUUCCCGGCGUGUUGCUGGCGACGUUUUUUGCCCUCGCCUGCGGUGCCUUCUCGCCGGCCGCCGCUGGAGUACAACAACGACGCCGUCUCCUCCUCCUCCACCCCCUCGCCGCGACGCGUCCUCUCGGUUGCUCGCUGAUGUGCGGCGCUGAUGGCGAGGAGAGACCGGUGCCCGUCGAGUGCCGCGCUUGGUGUCGGCGCAGAGUGAACCGGAGCCUCCCUUCGGAGAAGGAAACGGUCGCCUACACCGGCACACAGGCGUGCGAGCCGUGGACGUGCGGUGGCGAUGGUGGCGGCCGCGUGGCUCUGUGCCGGGAGGCUCCCGGGCGCCCCGUGGACGUGCGAGUGGCGCCCGUGGACGUGCGCAAGCUCGUCGACAUCGCGUCCGACGCCCUCGUGCUCACCUGGAGGCCCAACCCGAGCGGUGUUGAGGCUCUGCGUGGGUACCAGGUGAACCUCCAGGGCCUACGCGGGGACUUUGGCUACUCCAAGUGCGAGCAGAUCCUGCUGGACAAUCCGCUCACCGCUGCCGACGUUGACAAGGAGUUCGUUUACGACGGCUUCGACUACCUGCAGUUUGGAGCCGACUACUACAUCACGGUGGACCCGGUGCCGUUCCCUGCGAGCGGCGAGCGCGAGUUCGCCGCGGUGGAGUUCACCGCCCGCUCCUGUGAGGAGGUGGUGGGGAAAGGAAACAACGAAUGCAUGUACGACUGGUUCCCCAAGACGGUGAACGUGACGCAGCAGGGCACGGACGUGAACGUGACCUUUGACCUGGCGCCGCCGUCGUUCGGCGUCGAGUCGUACGUAGGUGUAUGCGGGCGUGCGGCCCGAGGCGUGCGCCGCUCCGGCGCCGCCGCUGGGGGCCGCCCUGCUCGCCUGCUCGCCCGUCUCGAGAACAAGACGGCCGUGCGCGUGCCCAAGGACAAAAACUUCACUUACGGCUGGGUCAGCCUGCGCAACCUGCAGCCCGGAGCCACUUACGUCAUCGAGGUGUCUCUGAACAGCGUGGAUGCCCAGAGGAAAAGAGCCAUCUUCACCGUUACCCACGUGUCGGCGCCUUCCCCGUGGAGCGGGCCUCUCCGCGCCAUCGCCAUCACCGUGCCCAUCGUGGCGGCCGCCGCCGUGGCGACGUUCCUCACACUCGUGUGCCGCAGCAACACGCAGGGUGAGACGCCGCCGCCGCCGCCACGCGCCGAACAUCACGCCGAGGGAGGCUACCACGAGUUCACGGACGACGAGAGCUCGGAGGUCUGCUCACAGUUCGUGGGAGCGGUGGGCGAACGCUCGCGCCCCAAGAUCUUCCUCUGCUACUCGGGCCGCGACGGGCAGAAGCACACGAGCGCCGUGCUCCACCUCGCGCGCUUCCUGCAGGAGUGCGCCGGUUGCAGGGUGAGCGUCGACCUGUGGGAGCAGCUGAUCAUCAGCGCCGAGGGCAAGCUGGACUGGCUCGACCGGCAGAUCAACGAGUCCGACUUCAUCCUCGUCGUCUGCUCCAAGGGCCUCAAGUUCUUCGUGGACAAGCGCCGACGGCACCGGGGGGCGGGGGGCGCCCACGCCGGGAGGGGCGCGCGCCGCCGCUCCGGCCAGGGCCUCGCCGACCUCUUCAUCGCGGCCGUGCCCAUGAUUGCCGAACACCUGCGCCGGCACAGGGCCCCGGCGGGCGGCGCGGGCGUCGAGCGCUCGGGGGCGGGCGACCGCGUCCUCGGCGUCUACUUCGACUACUCCAGCGAGCAGGACGCGCCGGCCGUCCUCGAGCUGCCGGGCGCCAAGUUCCGCCUCCCCGAGGCGCUGCCGCAGCUCGUGGAGCGGCUGCACGCCGGACGCGACGGCGAGACGGCGGCGGAGGCGACGGCGGCGGCGCCGCAGCAGCGGCAGCUCGACGCCGAGGGCCUCCUGCGGUCGGCGGCGGCGGGCCGCGCGCUGGCCGACGCCGUGGCCGACGUGCACAGCUACAUCCGGCAGACGCCCGACUGGUUCCAGCGGCAGUGCACGCCGCCGCGGGCACCGGGCCACGUGGACACGACGCGGCCGCCGCCGUCGAGCGCCGCGUCGGAGAGGGAGGAGGAGGGGGCGGGGGCGGCGGCGGCCGCCGUCGGGUGGAGCCACAGGCGGCGCGGCCGGGACGGGAUGGAGAGGAUCUCGGCCGAGCGGGGCUGCGUGCAGGCGCCGAGGGCCGCGUGCGGGCGAGCGACGCGCGGUUACGGUUACGGCCGCGCCGCCGCGCGGUCGGGGGGCGGCUCGGCGGCGUCGCGCGACCUCGGCGCGUGCGGCGGGGGCGGCACCCCGUCCGUCGUCGUCGUCGGCGGCGGCUGCAGAGCGCGAGCGGGCGGCCUGCUGAGCGUGCCCGUGAUCCGGCACAUGCCCCGGGCGGAAGAGAGAGACGAAGACGACGACGACGAGGGGAGCGACGCGGGAGCCAAGGGGAGGCACGCGGGGCUGGGCUCGGCGGAGGCGCGCGGAGGGGAGGCGGCGCUGGCGUCCCCGCUGCUGCCGCCCCGGCGCGACGCGUGCGGCUCCCCCGACCGGCAGGCCCUGCGGCUGCUGCGCGACUCGGGGAUUUACGAAGCGCCGCCGUCCCUGACGCGGGGCGCUUCGCUGCCCUCCCUGGCCCAGGGCCCCUCGCUGCCCUCGCUGCAGCACGAGUCGGCGCUGCCCCUGCUCGCGCCGGAGCCCGGCGAGACCGACUCGACCACGGGCAGCAUCUCCUCGUCCUCGGGGCUCGGAGAAGAGGACCCACCCAUCCCCAAGCUCCUCAAGCAGCAGCAGCAGCAGCAUCCGCAGCUGAAAGGAGCCGCGUCUGAGUGGGAGAAACUCCGCCUGGACAUGAGCGCGCCCUCGCUGAGCAUCGCCCAGCAGAGCUAAUGAUUGUCUCGGCAAAAAAACCCUCCCUCCUCCUCCUCCCCCCACCCACUCGUUUCUAAUUUAAACACAAAUUUAUUUGUUAACUCUCCAAUUUUUUUCUGUUUUAAGAAAUAUUUUUUAGAGAUUUUUUUUUGCCGUUAAAAUUUAGUUUUGUAAAAUGCUUGUUUUAUAUAUUGUUAUUUUUUUUGUUGAGGGGGUGGCGGGGGUAGGGGGUUCCAGAGAAUGUCGUUCGGUGUGAGUGUAAAUAAAGUAAUAGAGUCCUUGUAAUAUUACGAUUGUAUACUUUAUCACAGUACUACAGUAUAUUGAUAAGAGAAGUAUUAUUUUAUACGUAACUUCUGCAAGUGUAACGAAAUUCCUUGUCUAACUGGGGUUGGGUGGGUGGGGGUGGGAUUUGCGGUCCCUUUAAAAAUAUAUAUAUUUGCCUGACAUGGACCAAUAGGUGACCCAAAAACAUAGCCCUGGCUCAUUGUUGGCAAUCGCCGGCCCGCAUGCCUUAUUCAGCAAUCGGCAGGUGUGUGCCUGCCGCCUGGUUGAACACGCGUAACCUCUCCCGGGGGUUUAGAGAGCACAGGCACAAUGACAAUUCACGUGGAGUAUAAGACGCAGAUGCAUCUCCCGUGUCGUUUGCAGUUCCCCGCGCAUUCAAUUUGAGCUAACGGAGAUGCUGCGGGAGUGGUCGCAAGGAUUUGUCUACGGCUGCGUUUGGUAAUGGGACGCCUGUUCCAUCAGACGGUGUUCUAAAGAGUAUUUUAAGCCAGCCAACGUACAACUCUGAUUAAUCUGGACCCUAUAGACCUGUAAGCAGGCGACUGCUAAAAUUAAUGAGUGCAAUAUCACGAGACCAUUUAGACCGUAGGAGUAUGAGAGAUUCAUCGCUUAGGAAAAUUGCAAACGUGUAAAAAAAAAAUCCGAUAUAUGAAUGGUUGCUGGUGUGGUGUUGUGUAUAUCCCCCCCCCCCCCACCUUUAUCCACCCAGCAUAUGGUCACGUGGUGUGGUGGGGUAAAGUGUGGGUACUCCCACCUCUUCCAAGACGUUUGGCUGGUCUGGAAGAUUAGGCCAAAUUCGCUCCAGAGGCGUUCUACAGAGCUCCCUCUAGUAGGGGGGGGUGGGGGCCUUCCACCACCAGUGCACUGAACAAGAUAUUCGAGGGCUCUACUCUUCCCCUUCGCAUUUUAUUACGUUAAGAACGCUCCGUCCUUCCCCCCCGCCCCCCACUAUAGCUCCUUCACACAGCAAAUGCUCAUUGUUGCCAAUGAACACGAUGAAGUAUACUUUGUGUGCGUUCCCAUACAAGACAUCAGUCUGCGUUGCAUUUAGCCAAAGCUACGCAGCGCGUGACUGCACACGCACGCGCCCCCAGAUGUUAGGGCAAUCGUCAAGACGUGAUUGCGCACACCUCCCGCAGUUCGUCAUUUAGCGGCGUGAAAGCAAUCGCUGGCGCGGCGGGAGGGGGAAAGUCGUGUGGGCGUAAUGCGGGGAAAGUGCACGCAGCGAGAGAAGGCGAAUGACGCAGGAGAAAGAUCUUCGCCACCGCUUCUCCGAGCAUCUCGCGUACGUGCUCUGCGGGGGGGGGGGGCGGCAGUUUAACUCGUCAGCAAUGACUCAACGCCACGGGGAACCACUGUGGCUGCUCGCCGUGUGUCCGAUGAUACACGCAGCCAUAUCACACCUCUGAUUACUACCAGUUGGCUGCAUAUGGUACGAAAGAAAUGCAACGUACAUAAAGUGUUAGAUGAAUUAAUAUUUAGGGGCUAUGUCAGUUAUGCCCCCUUUUUUAAGGGCACCCGUAAGUUCCAUCUUCCAGGACCAGAUUGGCAACUAGGGGCCUGUUUCCCCUAUCUGCACAGGGCCUUACUCGUCGUUGAGAAUGCCGACCUACAAUUUGUUUGUUGUCUUAACCUUUUAUUGAAAUUUUAACAAAGUGUGGUCUACAGAUGGACAACCAAAGAGAAGAUGGCGUUUUUGUAAUCGGGGGGGGGGGGGGGGUGGGGAGUGGGAUGGGCGGGAAAUGUGGGAACAACGUGGAUUACGGUUGUGUAAGUGUGGCGAGCGAUGUCCACAAUUGGACGUCUUGUGCGAAAUGGCCCAUAGAAAAAAUAAAAAUUGUCAGUGAACGCAGCGUUAUCAUCUUUGGCGACAGUUGAAAUGAAUCGAGGUUGCACGGGUGACCCCCACCGGUGACCCCCAGCACCGCGAAGACUGUCAAUAACUAAACAGUGGCAAGUGUUCUCAACACCAGUGGGUGUUUGCUUCCGUAGACAUCUGACGUGUCGUGCUGCUAGUUCGUGCACAGUUUGAUCGUUUUUGAGUCGUUAAACUUCUUAACUGCAGUUGAUAUAAAGAAAGGGCUGACUGACAUUUUAGUCAACACUAAUUACAGUAUUUGCGACUGGCGUUCAACAUCGUAUCGCUCCUUUGAUGAAUAUGGUAAUAAACUUUUUGUCGGUUUA